GAGGGCAGUUGCGGCUCCGCCUCGGGUUUAUUAGGAUCGCAGGAGGCGAGCCAGCCCGGCCGAGCUCGGCGCACAGACCAGCGAGCGAGCAGCGAGCCAGCCAGCCCCCGGCCCUGCCAGCCCAGCCGCUCCCCGCCCCGCCCUGGCCGUGCCCUGCCGGGCCGAGGGGUGCAGUACCCGGAGCCCGCCCAGCCCCGCCUGAGCAGGCGGCCCCGAAGCCCCAGCCCGGGCACCGGCAGCGGCGGCCCGAUCCACCCGGAGCCCAGCGGGGGCAGCGGCCCCGCUCCGUCCUGAGCCCAGUCCCGAGCCCGGCGGCGGCAGCAGCACCAGCAUCAUGCCCGGCGUGGCAGCGGCGCUUCUGGGGCUGUGCGCCCUGAUGCUCUGUGGGCAUCCGGCUCGCUCGCAGUUCAUGGUGACAAAUACCCCGCCCGAGGACCUCGAUGGGUCUGCUGACGAUGACGAUGCCUUCUCCGGCUCUGGUGUGGGGGCCUUGUCUGAGACGUCGCUGCUGGAUCUGAACCUCGUACCGCGGAAGCCGAGCGUGUUCACCACGACCACAACCUCAACAGCUGCUCCUGAGCCCCAGCGCACCAGCCCAGGGGACGCCUCCCCAGCUGGUCGAGCAACCUCAGGAGAGGGAUCCGCGCCACCCCCUGGAAGGGGGCCUGAGGCAGAGCCUGCCCCCCACCACGAGCCCGCUCCCUCGUCUCCCGCAGUGACGGUUCCCUCCACUACCCACCAUCCUUUGACGGCGGGAGACCCCGUGUCCUCUGAUCCUGGCGCGGUGCACCCUAGGGUACCCGCUCCCGAGUCCCCAAGGACUGGAGACGAAGGCCCUUUGGCCAGUGGCGCUCCAGGGAGCGGCCAGCCAGCCAGAGGCACGAGUCAGCAUCCGGGAGAGGAGAGCUCAGGAAGUGGGAGCGAUGACUUCACCUUCAUCACAUCUGGAGAGAGACCCAGCUCCUCACUGGAGAAGAACAAGCCGGACCAGGAGGCUGUGGACAGUGGAGCCACCGGCGCCUCCCAGGGCAUCCUGGACCGCAAGGAGGUUUUAGGAGGGGUCAUCGCCGGCGGCCUUGUGGGCCUGCUCUUUGCUGUUGUCCUGGUCGGAUUCAUGCUCUACCGGAUGAAGAAGAAGGAUGAAGGCAGCUAUUCCUUGGAAGAGCCCAAACAGGCCAACGGCGCCUACCAGAAGCCUCAACGGCAGGAAGAGUUCUACGCCUGAUGGCCCGGCACCGUUCUGGAGCAUGGCCGGUGUUUCUUCCCUCCCCUGGCUGCCUUGCCCCCUUGCACACAGACCCUCAACCGUCUCUUCCACUCAGGACUCAGAGCCUGGAAUCUCCCCCCAUGCCUGGCUCUGCCUCCAGCUUUUGCUCUGGCCUGGUCCACUCUGACCCUGAGCUCCUCAGUGCCUCAGGCUGGGUCUCUGUCUGCUAACUCGGGGUGGAGGUGGGGCGCAGGAGGGAAGACUUCCGUGUGACCUUUCAGAAAGAAGGAAGCUUUAGUCCCUGCUUCUUCUGAGCUGAGCCCCCUCCCCCUCCUCCAGCCCUCCCCUUCCGAGGCCUCCCUCAGAGGGCCUCGGUGGGCUAAGGCUGUGACCAGCGGUGCUCCGCCUCCUGCUUGGCCUCGGCCCCAGGGGGCCUCCAGCUGCCCCUGCCAGCUGGGAGGAGGGAAGAACUCGGGACUGAUGCUCCCAGCAGCCAGGGACUCUUUUGCACAUUCCCCUGUAGUGCCCACACUUUCCCCUUCCCUCUGGGCCCACGGAUGAUUAACUGGGCUGUUACCUUGGACAUAAGUUAACUCUUCCCCCCCCCCCAUCUAAAGGCCCCCGGCCCCGGGCUCAAGGGGCCAAUGCUAGAUCUGCUUCCCCCCCAAAAGGUACCGAAAUUGGAAGCCCAAACAGUUUCUGUUUGUGAUGUUUAUCCCUUGCUCAGCAACAGGGUACUUGUUUCCCGGGGUGACAGGGCUCUGCCUGGGGCAGAGCUCUGCUACCUUCCACUGCUCUGACCUACGGUACCAAGACGAGGGCCCUUGCCCGUCCCAGGGGCCACGAGCACCGCCUGCCCCAGGUGAGGGCAUUGGGCCCGACACAUCCCCGGGUCUCCAGCCUUCCUCAUUCGGAGGCCAUGGGCCUGGGGCACUUCUCCUUUGGAACUGGGCAGCCCUGGUGGCGGCUGACGUCUGGCUGGCCUCCAUCCCCGAGGCCGGGCCAGAAGGCGGGAUUUUCCUUUCCCUGAGUGGUGGUCGUCUUUGGCUUUUGGCGAAGCUGUACUGAAUCCAGUGGGGUUUUCCAUGUACAGCAGAUUUUCAUAAUGUAAUAAACUUUUAAUAUAAAGAAGUGGGA